AAAAAUGUUUAGAAAAUCUGAAAAAGAUAGAAAAAAUGAGGCAAUAUAAUAAGCAGUGCCAGAAGAAAAGUUUAGAAAGCCAAGUCCAAUAGGAGAUAAUAAAUGGGAUGAAGAAGAUUUUAUAUAAUUUAAUGGAGUUUAAAAAGGAGAAUAAAUAAAACUUCAUACAUAUAGAUGUAAAACAACAAUUAAUGAGCCAAAAUCUGUAACAGUUUUUUUUCAUGGUCUGAAUGAGCAUCUUGGGUUAUAUGCUCAUAUUGCUUAAGCUGUUAGUAAAAAAGCCAAUAGUGUUGUAGUUGGAUUUGAUUUUAGAGGAUUUGGGAAAAGUUAAGGAUAAAGAGGAUGGUUAGAAUCUAGAGAGUAAUUAGAAAAUGAUUGUUCAAGAUUUAUAUUAUAAAUGAGAACUAUAUAUCCUAGAUUACCUUUAUUUGCAUUAGGUUAAUCAAUGGGUGGAAUGGCAUCUUAUCUAAUGGGAAUAAAUAAUUUAUGUGAAGGAACUAUAUUGAUAACACCUGCAAUAUUGGAUAAUUAUUAUAAUUAACCAUUUAUGAAAAGAUUAGGAUUAUGUUUUGGAGCAUGUUUUCCAACUUGGAAUCCAUUUCCACCAGUUCAUGUAUCAGGAUCAAGAAAUCCAUAAAUAUUAGAAGAAAAUUUAAAAGAUCCUUAUUGUACUUAAGUAGCAGUUUUACCAGGUACAGGUAGAGUUCUUGUAUCAACAAUGAGAUCUCUUCCAUAAACUUUCACUUAAUAUAAAACACCUUUUCUAAUUAUUUCAGCAGGAAUGGAUUAAAUUGUUGAUCCUGAUGUAGGACAUGAACUUAUGAAAUAAAGUCCUUCUUAAGAUAAAUAAUUGAUACAUAAAGAGAAUAUGUGGCAUGAUUGUGUUUAAGAAGAAGAAAUCUUAGAAAUUAUACCCGAAAUUGUUUAAUGGAUAACAUAAAGAUCAAUUAAAUGA